AUGGAACCAGGCAAUGAUACAGGGAUUUCACAAUUUAUACUUCUGGGAUUUUCAGAGGAACCAGAUAUGCAGCCCAUCAUAUUUACACUUUUCCUGUCCGUGUACCUGAUCACUGUGUUUGGAAACCUGCUCAUCAUCAUCACCAUCAUCUCAGACUCCCGCCUCCACACACCCAUGUACUUCUUCCUCUCCAACCUAUCCUUUGUAGACAUCUGUUUCACCUCCACCACCAUCCCAAAGAUGCUGGUGAAUAUACAGACUCAAAGCAAAGUAAUUUCCUAUGAAGGCUGCAUCACCCAGAUGUAUUUGUAUAUACUCUUUGUAGAGUUGGACAACUUAAUUCUUACUGUGAUGUCCUAUGACCGCUUCAUAGCUGUCUGUCACCCCCUACACUACACAGUCAUCAUGAACCCUGUUCUCUGUGGACUGCUGGUUCUGGUGUCCUGGAUGCUAGGUGCCCUGAAUUCCUUGUUACAAAGCUUACUGGUACUGCAGCUGUCUUUUUGUACAGUCUUGGAAAUCCCCCACUUCUUCUGUGAAUACAAAGAGGUAAUCCAACUUGCCUGUUCUGAUACCUUUCUUGAUAACACCAUGAUGUAUUUUGCAGUUGGACUCUUUGGUGGUGUUCCCCUGGCUGGUAUAUGUUACUCAUACUCUAAGAUAGUUUCCUCAAUUCAGAGAAUCUCAUCAGCUCAGGGGAAGUAUAAAGCAUUCUCCACUUGUGCAUCACAUCUCUCCAUUGUUUACUUAUUUUAUUUUACGGGUUUAGGAGUGUACCUUAGCUCUACUGCUACUCACAGCUCACACUCAAGUGCAACAGCUUCCGUGAUGUACACUGUGGUCACACCCAUGCUGAACCCCUUCAUCUACAGUCUCAGGAACAAAGACAUAAAGAGGGCUCUAACGAGAUUCUUUGAGAUGGCAGCUAUAAAGCAGCCACUUGUCCUGGGGCUGAAGAAAUGUUGA